AUCACGUGGUCGGGAGUCGAAUUACAAUUCCACAUACAACCACAACAGGUGCCGCCAAGGGAGUCAAAGGAGCAAAAGGAUGACAGCCAUCAACUGAAGACAGACAGACAAUAUUCGGGGAGACGCUGGAAGCAGAACAAAGCCGGUUUGAGAUUACCACCUCCACUUCUGUGGACCGAUGACGCUGUAGAUGUCCUGCAGCAUAGUCAUGCGUUCAUCCAUAAUCCCACCUCACAAAGAAAACUCCUCCAAAGGCAUCGGAGAGCCGUGACUGUGAGGAAGGAGCGAACCUGGGACUAUGGAGUCAUUCCCUACGAGAUCGAUGGCAUCUUCAGUGGAGCCCACAAGGCGCUCUUCAAGCAGGCCAUGCGCCACUGGGAGAACUUCACCUGCAUCAAGUUUGUGGAACGCGAUCCCAGUUUGCAUGUGAACUACAUAUACUUUACGGUCAAAAACUGCGGUUGCUGCUCCUUUCUGGGCAAGAAUGGCAACGGUCGCCAACCCAUCUCCAUAGGUCGUAACUGCGAAAAGUUCGGAAUUAUCAUCCAUGAACUGGGCCACACCAUUGGCUUCCAUCAUGAACAUGCCCGUGGGGACAGGGACAAGCACAUCGUCAUCAACAAGGCGAAUAUCAUGAGGGGUCAGGAGUACAACUUUGAUGUCCUGUCGCCGGAGGAAGUGGACCUGCCACUGCUGCCCUACGAUCUCAACUCCAUUAUGCAUUAUGCAAAGAACUCGUUUUCGAAGAGUCCCUACUUGGAUACCAUCACACCCAUAGGAAUUUCACCAGGAACCCACUUGGAGCUGGGCCAGCGAAGGCGACUCAGUCGUGGGGAUAUUGUGCAGGCCAACCUGCUUUAUAAAUGCGCCUCCUGCGGAAGGACUUAUCAGCAGAACUCCGGGCAUAUAGUUAGUCCUCACUUUAUGUACUCGGGCAAUGGAGUGCUGACCGAAUUCGAAGGCAGUGGAGAUGCCGGAGAGGAAUCCACGCCAGAAUCCGAAUUCGAUGCCUCCCUGACCAACUGCGAGUGGCGGAUCACAGCCACCAAUGGCGAGAAGGUCAUCCUCCAUCUGCAACAGCUGCAGCUGAUGAGCUCCGAGGACUGUUCGCAGGAUUACCUGGAGAUCAGGGACGGCUACUGGCACCGAUCACCACUGAUUAGACGACUCUGCGGAAAUACCAGUGGGGAGGUCAUCACCACCCAGACCAGUCGCAUGCUCAUCAACUAUGUAAACCGAAAUGCAGACAGAGGUUACCGAGGGUUCAAGGCCAGAUUCGAGGUGGUCUGUGGUGGAGACAUCCAGCUGACCAGGGAUCAGUCCAUAGACUCUCCCAACUAUCCUUUGGACUACAUGCCCGACAAGGAGUGCGUGUGGCGCAUAACAGCUCCAGAUAACCACCAAGUGGCUCUAAAGUUCCAGAGCUUCGAGCUGGAGAAGCACGAUGGUUGUGCCUGCGACUACGUGGAGAUACGGGAUGGCAAUCACAGUGACUCCCGGCUCAUAGGACGCUUCUGCGGAGACAAGCUGCCGCCCAACAUAAAAACCCGCAGCAAUCAGAUGUACAUCCGCUUCGUCUCCGAUUCAUCGGUGCAAAAGCUGGGCUUCUCCGCCGCCCUAAUGCUGGAUGUGGAUGAGUGCAAGUUCACGGAUCACGGGUGCCAGCACCUGUGCAUCAACACCUUGGGCAGCUUCCAGUGCGGCUGUCGAGCGGGAUUCGAGUUGCAGGCCAAUGGAAAGACUUGCGAAAAUGCCUGCGGCGGAGUAGUGGAUGCCACAAAGUCCAAUGGUUCCCUCUACUCACCCUCCUAUCCGGAUGUGUACCCCAAUUCCAAGCAGUGCGUUUGGGAGGUGGUUGCACCACCGAAUCACGCCGUCUUCCUGAACUUCACCCACUUCGAUUUGGAGGGCACACGGUUUCAUUAUACCAAGUGCAACUACGAUUAUCUGAUUAUCUACUCCAAGCUGAGGGAUAAUCGGCUGAAGAAAAUAGGCAUUUAUUGUGGUCACGAACUGCCUUCAGUGGUGAACUCCGAACAGAGUGUCCUGAGGCUGGAGUUCUACUCGGAUCGCACAGUGCAGCGGAGUGGAUUUGUGGCCCAGUUUGUGAUAGAUGUGGAUGAGUGCUCCAUAAACAAUGGUGGCUGCCAGCACAGGUGCCGGAACACCUUCGGAUCCUACCAGUGCAGCUGCCGGAAUGGAUACACCCUGGCCGAGAACGGACACAGCUGCACGGAGACGCGCUGCAAAUUCGAGAUCACCACGUCGUACGGCGUGUUGCAGAGUCCCAACUAUCCGGAGGACUAUCCCCGCAACAUCUACUGCUACUGGCACUUCCAGACCGUCCUGGGCCAUCGGAUCCAGUUGACGUUCCAUGACUUUGCGGUGGAGAGCCACCAGGAGUGCAUCUAUGAUUACGUGGCCAUUUACGAUGGUCGCUCCGAGAACAGUUCCACCUUGGGGAUAUAUUGCGGUGGGCGAGAGCCCUACGCCGUGAUUGCGUCCACCAACGAGAUGUUCAUGGUCCUGUCCACGGAUGCGGGUCUGCAGAAGAAGGGCUUCAAGGCCACCUUUGCCUCCGAGUGCGGUGGCUACUUGAGGGCCACGAAUCACUCGCAGACCUUUUACUCGCACCCGCGAUACGGAAGUAGGCCCUAUAGGCGGAACAUGUACUGCGACUGGCGCAUCCAGGCUGAUCCGGAGAGCAGUGUCAAAAUCCGGUUUCUGCACUUCGAGAUCGAGUACUCGGAGCGGUGUGACUACGACUAUCUGGAGGUCACCGAGGAGGGCUACUCCAUGAACACCAUCCACGGGAGAUUCUGCGGCAAGCACAAGCCGCCAAUUAUAGUCUCCAAUUCGGACACCCUGCUACUGCGAUUCCAAACGGACGAGAGUAACUCUCUGAGGGGUUUCGCCAUCUCCUUCAUGGCCGUGGAUCCGCCGGAGGAUUCGGCUGGCGAGGAUUUCGAUGCGGUAACACCCUUUCCGGGUUAUCUAAAGAACAUGUAUUCCUCCGAGACGGGAAGCGAGAACAUGCCACUCGCCCAUCUACUGCCGCCUAGUAGGCUCAUGUAAUUAGAAGAGAUAUGCAUAAGCAAAGAA